CACCACAGGUGAAUGUGUACAACAACCUGGGCCAGGAAUGCGUCAGUGCUGGUUGCAGUGUGGAUCUAUUUGUAUUCAACAAUUCUUACUUUGACUUGGCUACCAUUGGACAAGUGUCAAGAUUAUCUGGCGGAGAAAUUUACAAGUACACAUACUUCCAGGCUGAUCUGGAUGGUGAACGACUAAUAACAGAUAUUAAGCAUGAUGUGAUUCGCCCAGUUGCAUUUGAUGCUGUCAUGAGAGUACGAACAUCAACAGGUGUUAGAGCAACUGAUUUCUAUGGUCACUUCUUCAUGUCCAACACAAAAGACAUGGAACUUGCCAGUAUUGAUUGUGACAAGGUGAGGAAAUGCUUGAAGUUCA